AUGUCGCACAAGUGGAUGAACGAUGCCGAGAAUCUGGCGCUGUGCCAUGCGUGGAUAGCUGCCUCCGAGGACCCGAUCAAAGGCUCUGGGCUCAAGUACAACACGUUUUGGCAAAACGUCACCGAGCAAUACAACGAGCUCAAGCCAAAGGAUCGGCCGGAGCGAUCAUUUCGCUCGCUCGAGUCCAAGUUCUCGCAGAUUCGACACGAUGCAUUGAAGUUUGGCAGCUACUACGCGCAGAUUGUAGAUUUGCAAUCCACAGGCACGAACGUCGACGACACGGUAGAGGCUGCCCAACGCCUGUAUACCGCACACGCCGAGAAAGAAGGAUCCAAGGGCAAGAAAUCUCAAUUUCAAUUCCUCGAGUGUUGGCGCUACCUGAAGGACUGUCCGAAGUGGCAAACUGUCAUGGGGGAAGUGCGGGUCUCAGAGAUCGUCAAGCAAAAGCCCCGCCGCGAGCUGGAGGAGCCCGACGUGCCUCUUCCCAUGGUCAAGAAGGCCAAGACGACGACGCCAACGCUCGAUCGACCCAUUGACGUCAAGGCGGCGAAGCGGUUGGCGCGCUUGGAACACGCAACCAAGUGCAAGGACGAUGCAAUCGAGGUCGCGGCGAAGGCGCUCGCAGAUGCAGUAGCAAUCAGAGCCGAGGCGCAGAUGAUCAUGGCACACACGCAGGUGUUUCGUGUCGACAUCACCACGCUUGACGACGAAUGCCGUCGGUACUUCCAGCUGCAGCGGCGCGCGAUUCUUGCCGACCUCGAAAAGCGUGCAAAGGCCCGAGAAGAGGAAGCUGCGGCGGCCGCUACUAGUACCAGCAGCGAGGACGACGAAGUCGAAGCGGUCGUCGAAGAGGACGAUGGCGACCAGGACGUUGACGUCGGAGAUCAAGACAGCACGACGGAGGCACCCUCACGCGCAACAAGCACAUCGUUACUUGCACUUGGGUUCUAUGGCGACAGCGACAGCGAUGGCAACAUUGCAGUUUAA